UUUGAGGGUCUGCUUUUGACGGCUGAGAAUUGAUGUUCAAUUGCAAAGUCUGAUAACCCGAAUUGAAGCGUUUGAGGUUUGCAGUUCAAGAUAAUUGACCGCACCCACAACAUCCUCGGUUCAAGCUGCGUCCCAUCCAUCGUCCGCCCUCUCAUCCAGCGAUGUCGUCAUAGCUCGAUCAUCGCGAUUGAUUACGUACUAUCUGAUUCGCUGAAUGGCAUUUGUACGGGCCAUGGGAUUACGUCGCGUCUGGAUAGGGCUAUCAGUUUUCAGGGUCUCACAUCCGCAGGUACAGGUGUACAAAGGUAAGAAUAAUAAAAGCAGCGAUUGCGAAUUCCCUAAUCAUCACCACUAUACAACGAAAAGCACUCCCCAAAACCCCCUUAGCCUCCUUCAUCCAUAUAGAUCCGCUAGAUCGAAAGAAUCACACGAACAUAAUGCUCCAGCCGGUCCGUCCCGUAGCCGUAACCGCCAAUCCCAAUCCAACCCCGCCGUAAUUGGUAUUUCCAGACCAGAUCCAAAAGAUCGCUAGAUUUCGCCGUCGCCGCCAGAGACCAACAAAGGGAAACAAGAAGAGUACUCGCUCCGU